CGUACGGAUCGGAUUCGCCUUUAACUGCUUUCUAUCUGUAGGUUGAUAACCCAUACCUACUCCAAAAAGAUGACAAGACCUGGCGGCGCGGCAAGAGAGGGAAAGAAGACAUCAUUUCGUCAUUGUAUCGCAACCCCCCCGGUCAUCGGAGGCUGGCCGAAGGUUUCCUGGGCUUUCUUGGUCUGGGCGCUCCAUGGGCCGGCCGACACACAGGCCAUGGACAUGCCAUGAGUGUGGCUAUUCCGAGCAUCAGCCGGACGGGACUGUUGCUCUUCAAAGUUCUUCGUCGUCGUAGAUGCUGGUAUUCAACAGGCCUCGUCACCCGCCUUGCAAGCCCCCCCCGUUCCGAGCCGUCAGGUCAACGCAAUA